AUGGACCAUUUAAAUUAUGAUUGUUCUGAAGUGCUUUUUAGAAAUUUCGGUGAAGAAAUGGGUGGUGCUGGCUUGUUGUACAAAGUUGCUCUUCUGAACCAUAAGUGGAAUAAGCGUGCAACGAAAUUUUUAUAUAAAGACCCAUGGAAUUUUUGGAUGUCAGGAACAGACCGUCCAAGAAAUCCUACAUACGAUUAUAUGCGUUUUAUGACUAAUUUACAUUUACCAGCUUUAUUAAAAUGUGUGGAAUUCUGGUAUACAGAAACAUAUGGAUCCGAUCCAAAUAAUCGUGAUAAUGCAAUUGAAAAGCAUUUCAAAGAUUUAUUUGAAGGGUUUGUUAGGAAAGCCUACUUUCAUAAAUGCACCUUUGCAGAAUCAGGGGAUCAAACAUCAUCACCGAUAAAACUAGAUCAACUUUAUAACUUGUUAACAUUUAGUAGAUGUUCAACAGAACUACAAUAUUUAAAUAUGGGGUUCUUCGCGUGCACAAACGAGGCAUUAUACAUGUUAACAGAGAAAUGCAACAAACUCAAAACAUUCAAACUUAAAGCUGAGCAUUGUUCUGACGAAUACCUGGCAAAAUUCAUCAGGUCACAAAAAUGUUUGACAAAACUUAAAAUACGCAAUGCCGAAAAUAUUAAUGAGACAUUGGAUGCUCUCGAGUCUCAAUCAAAAAAUAUGGUUAAACUUCGAAUUAAUGCUUGCAAUCUAGAAAGUUGUACUAAACCAUUGUACGGUAUCGCAGCCUGUAAAGAGCUUCGUUCUCUCUACAUGGUGAGCGUAGAAAAUUUUCCAGAAAAUAUUUCCAUAUCAUAUCUUUUAAUGCCCAUAGCUAAAAAUUGUACAUUUCACAACAUAGAUUUCACUAGAACAUUACUACCUGCUGAUGUAUUAGUCGAAAUAGCAAAAAAAUCUUCAACUACUUUACGUAAAGUUUCUGAUCUUUCGGAAGGAAUUCAAGCAUUAGGAAAUUAUGCAAAAAAUUUAAUGUGUUUUGAACGUGACAUUAGACCAUUUGAAAAACCAGCAAUGAUAGAAAUGCUUAGCGCAAUUGGCUUGUCACUUGAACGACUUGAAAUCGAGUCAUGUCACAUGAUAGGAACAGAUGCAUCAGAUUUGAUAAAAGCAAUUGGUCAACAUUGUUCAAAUCUGAUGCAUCUAGAUAUAACCUCUUAUGAAUUCUCACUGGAAUCGUUUCGUUUACUGGUGGAGAAUUGUAAAAAGUUGAACACGUUGAUUGUCAGUGAUUCACCUUCGGUUAAUGAUUCCAUAUUACAAUUGAUUGAGGAAAAUUGCAUUGGUAGUUUGCAAACAUUAGAUAUUUCCAGGUGUGAGAAUGUCUCAAGGAACGAAAUUGAAAAAUUACGUAGAAUUAUUGAGGUUGAAUGUGAGGAUUGA